AUGAACCCCCCACAGCCGCCAGGUUUCGCCGCCGAGUUUAUUGUUGAAGACCCAGGCAAACCCGUCCCCCAGAGGCCCGUCCGGAGGCGGGGACUGGAGACUCAGAGAAAAUGGAUCAGAAACUGGAUGAAGAGGCUGCCUCAGGGAGACGAGGACUGGGACAACAACUCGCCGUCGACGCCAGACGAUAUCCAGCGCCUGCGUGACCGCCUGACACUGUCCCACAUCCAGUCCCGCCACGAGAUGGACUGGGCGACUCUCCUCGACACCUACGCAGCUGCCGCCAAAGAUUUUGAGGGCCGAGAACUUCAGCUUCACAGCAUGGUCAUGGUUGCCGCCUGUCACGUGGCGUACAAUAACGGUUUGCCCAGGGACGACAUGCUCCAGGCCAUGGCCAAGUGCAUCAGCGGCGGCAGUGACACUCUGAGGUCGAAGCGAUUCGCGCUGCCCAAGUGCAUACUGAUCGGGGACGAGCUUGCCAGCGUGCUCGGCGUGCGAGCUUACGAGCUUCCAUUAAGAGUCAACUCGUACUUUACUUUCGGCCAGCACUUUACCAGCGAGUGCUUUCCACUCCUGCGCGAGGAGUCUGCCGUUGCCCACCGUCCAUCCACACCACUGCCCUCGGAGCUGCUCCGAAUCCCAAGUCUCGUCUUUGACCUGUGCAAUGGAAAAGUCAGCCGUAAGCAGGUUGAGAAAAGUCUGACCACAGGCACUUCGAGGUCGACCGCGGGCGGAAGCGGAAGCGGUACAGCGUCGGACGCGAAUACAGACCAUGACAUGAUACACAUCAUGAAGUGA